CGGUGCUGGGCACCAAUGGCUGCACACACGGCCCUACGGGAAAGCAAGCAAGCAAGCUGCAAGGGCCUGAAGGACCACCAAGAGACUCAGUCGGGUCGACGGGCGGCUCAGCGUCCACUUUCAUCCCCUUCCGUGUGCAAACAGGCAGCUACGUUGGAAGGCAAAAUCCUAAAUUUCCUCAACAACCUCUCGCCGCUCACGAAUUCACUAAGGGAGCUGAUGACGCGGCAGAGGGGUGGCGAGCCAUCAGCAAACGAAGUUGUUCACGUGACGCCUCCGACGGACCCCCCGCAGGAAUUGUACCUUCCUCAGGAGGACGACGAGCAGGAACCAACCGAGCAGGAGAGGUUGGCCGUAGUUGAGCGCCAAGGACGCAGAAUGAGCAAGGCCCAGCUGAAAGAAUUCCGCGACGCCUUCCGCCUCUUUGACAAAGACGGUGAUGGCAGCAUUACGCAAGAGGAGCUUGGCCGCGUGAUGCGUUCACUGGGGCAGUUUGCCUGCGAGAGGGAGCUGCAGCAAAUGCUGCGGGAGGUCGACAUCAAUGGCGACGGGAAGUUCAGCUUUGACGAGUUCGUCGAGAUCGUGUCGAAUAUGAAUGACCAAGGCGAAGUGGGCACACCAACUAAGGACCAAGAGGAGAAAGAAUUGAGAGACGCUUUUAGGGUGUUUGACAAACACAACAGAGGAUAUAUUAGUGCUUCGGAUCUGCGUGCUGUCCUUCAGUGUUUGGGAGAGGAUUUGAGUGAAGAGGAGAUAGAGGACAUGAUAAAAGAAGUGGACGUUGAUGGCGACGGAAGGAUUGACUUUUAUGAGUUUGUUCAUGCGCUCGGAGAGCCUGGCGAGGACGACGACGAAGAUGAUGAUGACCUCGGGGUCAACGACUUUUAGAUAAAAACACAAAUCAAGGCUUCAUGCGUACGAAACUACACACACACAAUCGAUUCCUCAUUUCAGUCAAAGGUCACUGAUUGAUUAUACACUACACUAAAUAUUUUGCAAUAGUUUGACUUGGAAUUUACAAAGGUUAUUUCCCAUUCAACUUUACCCUAUCAUUAAGAGGAAGGAUGAGCUUAUAAUGCAACUAAUCAACACAAAAAGUACAUUUGUAAGAUUUUAGUUAGUUUUAUUAAGUGAAAAUGUGUAUUGAAAUAAUUCAUAUUACAACAGUUUCAAUGUGAACUCUGUGUUAUUCGAAUGUUCUCAUUCUACUCUCCAGUAUUGAAACUAUUCUCAACAAAUAAAUUGUCAAGCACUCAAUUAAAGUCUCCCUUAGCAGAAGGGGGAAGAGAAA